AGUGGCGCCAUCGCCUCCGGUAGGCGGAUGUGACGUUACAGAGUGAAAAGGGACUGCGAACUUCCGGUUGUGCGCGGUGUGUCCACGUGGGUUUGAGCCGCGCGUGCCAGGGGCUACCGAGAUGGAGCCGCUGGACCGCGUCUUAAAGCCUAAAACUAAAAGGGCAAAACGACUUCUUGAGAAGAGAGAGCCAAAGCUUACUGAAAAUACGAAAAAUGCCAUGCUCAUAAAAGGCGGAAAUGCAAACUUAACUGUGACUGGAGUGCUUAAAGACAUUUAUGCCCUGAAAAAGCCCUUUGCUGUCCUAUAUAAAAAAAAAAAUAUUACCAGACCUUUUGAGGAUCAAACGUCAUUGGAAUUUUUUUCCAAGAAGUCAGAUUGUUCUUUGUUUAUGUUUGGUUCGCAUAACAAGAAGAGGCCUAACAACUUAAUAAUAGGCUGCAUGUUUGAUUAUCACGUCCUAGAUAUGAUUGAGCUAGGCAUUGAGAAGUUUGUCUCUUUAAAAGAGAUUAAGAACAGCAAGUGUCCUGAAGGAACAAAACCCAUGUUAAUAUUUGCUGGUGAUAUGUUUGACUUAAGUGAGGAGUAUAGAAGAUUAAAAAGCCUUCUCAUUGACUUCUUCAGGGGUCCUACUGUGCCCUAUGUUCGCCUGGCUGGAUUAGAACAUGUUCUGCAUUUCACAGCAAUGGAUGGGAAAAUUUACAUGCGAAGCUAUAAAGUAUUACUGAAGAAAUCAGGCUGUAAAAUACCAAGGAUUGAAUUAGAAGACAUGGGACCUUCAUUAGAUUUGGUGAUGAGGAGGACACAUUUGGCUUCAGAUGACCUUUAUAAGUUAUCUUUAAAACAGCCUAAGGCACUCAAGCCAAAGAAGAAGAAAAAUAUCUCCCGUGAUGUCUUUGGUACAACCUAUGGUCGAAUCCAUAUGAAGAAACAGGAUCUUGGUAAAUUACAGACCAGGAAAAUGAAAGGGUUAAGGAAGAGGCCAGCAGAGCGGAUGACUGGAGAUGGUGAAGGGAUUAGUCCAAAGAAAACAAAAUCAGCUUGAUAGGAUGGAAUAAUUCUGGGGACUUUUGCGACCAUCAGUUCUCACUGUAUUUCUCUCAAAGUAUAUGGCAGAGACAGACCUUUCUGCUGCUAUUUUUUUUAAAAGCCAUGUAAAUAUUUUUUUAAUGCAACUUCAUAUACAAAUGGAUGUGUGGUCUCAGGCUUUAAUAUAAGACCAGCGUAUUAAAAAGGAAGUAAUCUGACAUGAUUUAUCAGGUUUCAGAAAACUGAAUAAAUGUAUCUGGUGACAUCAUCAGAAGAGAGAAUUCAGUUAUCUAGUAACAGGCAGCAUUGUGGGGUUCUUAUCCCUGGGACACAGGUUGAAUUAGGCUCAUCACAUAAACUCUGUUCUGGAAUUAAGCGUAAAUAAUUUUCUCAUUGACUUACGCUUUUAUCUUAUGUUAAGUUUAUUUAGACUCCCAGAUAACUUGGAGUACCUCUCUAACUUAAUAAACUAAGUUGUCUUCAAUGUGUGUUUCAUAAAAGAGAAACUAUGUCAGUAUUAAUAUCUACUUGUGAGCUGUCUCCUUGUUCUCUCCUCAUAUGCCACUUAUUUGAGGUGUUUAUGCUACAUUCAUCACCAUAGUAUCGAAACACAUGAUGCUCACCUUGAGUAUAAAUGAGACCUUUGGGAUUUUAGUUUCUGGUACGCAGUCCUUUGUUUCAUUUCCACAAAGCCUGGAAGUGUCAAAACCAACUUAAUUUCUGGUUUUUAAUCUUAGUAUUUAUACCAUUUUUCUUACCAUACUUGAGUGCCAGAAAGAGAUUACUAAUGUAGCAAAAGUUUGACUUCUUUUUUUUCCUCGGUCUUCUCAUGGCUUUGAGAGCCUUGUUCUAUUAAUACUCUUACAAAACAAAAUCAAAAGUUGUUUUCCACUUAAGCUGGCACCAAAGCCUUAUGCAGCAAGCUAGUGAAAAAUGCUCAAGGCUCAAUGAGGUAGAAGUUAGAAUAUAGCAAGUGAAAAUUCUUGUUAAGUACAGCCAGAAUUAUAUAUUGUUUCAUAAAGUAGCUUGUGUCUUCCUAUAUUUUGGUGUGUGAAAAAUAACUAGCUAUCUUUUUCGUUCUCUUAACCUCUGGUAUUUGGGAGAAUAGGGGCAAGACCAUUACUACACGUUUGCAUAAUUAUAAUGAAAAUGUGCAUUAUAGGCACUAAUAUACUUAGUCUUUUUAGUGUGAGCAUUCCUAUUUUGAACCCAAUGGAAAGCUGUGUUUGCAUCCAUUUACAUUAUUUGGUGUUCACACUAUUGCUGAGCUAACUAGCACAUAGUUCAAUCUGAAUACCAUAUCAGAAGGCUUUUACCACAAUCUGCAAAUCGCAUGCACUUUGUUGUCUUGUGUGCAUCUCACUAGAAAAAUUAGACCCAAUUUUCCAAUGGCUUGUUUUUCUAGUAGUUAUAGUGCAGGCCAGAUACAGAGGCUGUCUAAUCUUGGGCUAGAAGAUGGAUAAAAAUGUCUGCAUCCUUGCUGCCCAGAAAUAUUUACUCUUUCCUCCUUAAGUGGAAGAAUGUCCCUAGUUGUCCUAGCAUAGUUUCUUCUGCUGUCCUGUCUUAAGUCUUGAGUAAUUCUGUAACAUUGAGUAAAAGAUCUGAAGUAUCUUAAGACUGUAGUGAAGGCAAACAUGAUUAUAUUGUACAUAUAGCCUUAAAGGUCAUAACUUUAA